AUGUGGUUAGUUUUUGUAUUGCUAUCAUUAGUGAAUUUUACUUAGCUAAAAAUAAAAUAAAAUAUAGAAAAAAUGCAUGGUAGUAUUUUUGUUUGUUUGAUUUUGUUGAUGGUUGAGUUGAGUGUGGGUGGGAAAUAUACAGUGAGCGAUGUGCAAGUUGGGAAAGAUCCGUCGCACUCUAUUAGGAUUGUUCCACAUGUUAAAAAUGAAGGUGAUGCGAUAUUAAUUCGUGGGACUAUUUAUGUUUUGAAGCCUUUGAGCAAUGAAAAUACGUUCAACGUCAUUGUUUAUCGCCAAAAUACAAAGACAAACACUGAGAAACAAUUGAUUCAACUAAAAGGUAAAGGUGCUUGCGACGCUUUAAAUAAGAACAUUGGUCCAAUAUUUGCGGAAGUAGAAGGUUUAGCUGGUGUUCCCAAUCCGGGAGGAUGUCCUAUCCCAGUGGGAAACUAUACGUUGAAAGAUUGGUAUACAAUUGAUUUUAGCAGAGUGCCCAUUUUUAGUAUGAUUCCGAAAGCAACGUUUCGUCUAACGGUAAAAAUGUUUACUCCAGACUGGAAAAACGAGUUAACUGAAUUAGCGCUUAGAUUUACCAAAAGUUAAAUUUAUAAUUACUAAAGAAAUGCGCACUUAAAUCAAUUAAUAAAAAUUGUUGAUCUAUAAUGUUAUAAAUACAAA